AAACAUUAUUCUCCUCUUAAGUCUGUCAUCAUCUCUUCCCGUGAGCACUGAAAGAAAAGCAAGGGACACUAUUUUUUUUUCAACCUAUUUCUUUUACACCAAGUCUACCGAGAAUGGGAAUCUAUUGUCUUUCUUUACAUCUGGGAGUUUACUGAUGCACCUGUUGACUGAGGAAAACGCAGCGUGUUUAAGAAUGAACAAAGUUGCUGUGAUGAAGUCUGAGCUUCAUUUGGACGACGGCAAGAGAGCAGAGGAGAGGAGCAGACUGAACUGUGUAGACUUACCACAGACAAGUUUAGCAGAAGGACAGAACGCAGACCUGCUGCGAUGCCAGGAGUCUGCAGAACACUCUGCUAUGAAGUACAGGAGAUAUGGGUCUCGUCUGAGUGGUGUCAAAGUUCGCCACAAAAGACAGGUGUUGCAGGACAUGGCCCGGCCCCUGAAACACUGGUUAUACAAACACCGGGACAACCCCUACCCAACUAAGACCGAGAAGGUCCUGUUGGCUUUGGGCUCACACAUGACACUAGUACAGGUUUCCAACUGGUUUGCAAACGCCCGACGAAGGCUGAAGAACACAGUGAGGCAGCCAGACCUGAGCUGGGCCCUGAGGAUCAAACUGUACAAUAAAUAUAUCCAGGGAAACGCUGAGAGGCUGAGCGUGUGCAGUGAUGACACUGACUCAGAUGAUGAAGAGUGUCCUUUACCGACUCCAAUCAGCCAGUCAAACUUCAGUAGGUCAUCUUCCCACAAGAGUGUGCUGGAAAAACAAGGCAACGUGCUCACCAUGGCUGACUGUGCCAACAGUGACGACAGCACGUCCCCUCCAUCCAAGUACAAGAGCAGUUUACUGAAUCGCUAUCUGAACGACACCCUGCGGCACAUGAUGGCGGCGAAGGCCGAUGGCGUUGCAUCAGCCUGCAAGAGAAGGAGCCACUCUGAGUCGUUCAGUUCAAACGAAUGUGAUCGAGAUGUCGUCUCUCCGGCGUCGUCCUAUGAAACAGAGACCAACUUUGUCUACCACAUGGACAGAACUGACUACAGUUCAACUAAAUGUGACAGGGACCAGCAGCAGGUCAGAGGCCUGCAGAGACAAGAUGACCAAGGCUGGAGGGAGAUCCACGCUGCUGUAGCUCUGACAAACUUGGCCCAGGGGCAGAGCUGCACUGCAGACCAGAGCAGUGCUCCAGUGCCCAGCGCUGCCACGGGGCAGAGCUGCACCCGCGGGCCUCUCUCUGCAACAAAGACCACUAUCACAGGACCUGCCUCAGGUCUACAGCAGAGCUGUGUCACUGGGCCCGCUCUUACUAGCCGCAUCAUCCAGAAAUCCUCUCAUAUCUCUGAGGUCCAGACUGUUAAAGUCUCACUAGCAAACAGCGUGUAG